UCGAGUACUUAUUGGGACGUGAGGUCAGUGUUCGCUACGACUUCGUACAGUCAAGAUCGCCUGGUGAUUAUUACUACGUACUACCUCCCGUGUGACUGUGUGUAUUAAUUUUUGCAGUACGAGCCCGAUCGUUACGUACCGAGGAAGAUGAGUCUGCAGUACGGCACAGCUCAUCACACAGCCCCGACGGGUCCUAUCAGCGUGCCGGCGAUGUACCCGACGGCGCCGAUCCAGCACCACCCCACGCCGUUCUUCAUCGACGACAUCCUCGGCACCCGGGCGGCCACCACCACCGUGACCCCCGUCCACCCCACCCCGGUCACCCCCACCGCCAUCUCCCCGCUGUCGGCCUACGCCAGGACGCCGUUCUACGACCACCCCGCCCUGCACUCGGCGCUGCAGACCGGCUUCACCGCCGCCCAGCACCUGACGCCCUACGGGCCCACCGGCUUCCCGUCCCCGCUCUACCCCUUCCCAAGGCACGCCGACUACCCGCACAGUCUCCUAGACAGGCACGGUGUUCUAAAAGUCGGUGGCAAGCCGCUGUUGUGGAACCCUUUCCUCCACCGUCCGCUGCACAAGAGGAAAGGAGGGCAGGUGCGCUUCUCCAACGACCAGACCCUGGAGCUGGAAAAGAAGUUCGAGUCUCAGAAAUACCUGUCACCGCCCGAGAGAAAGAGGCUGGCCAAAUCUCUGCAACUCACCGAGAGACAAGUAAAGACGUGGUUCCAGAACAGACGCGCAAAGUGGAGGCGGCUCAAGCAGGAGGUGCCCACUUGCAAGUCUGACAGCGGAGAAAGCGACAAGAAGACGGACGACAAGCGUGAUAACCACGUGACCAGAGAGGACGAAUCAGGCUGCUCCGAUUCCGAAAGCGAGGACCACUCCGACAGCGAGGCUGAGCAUGCGCACAGCACGCAGAACGAAGACGUAGAAAUCCAAGUCGACGUCGAUGACGUCAGAGACAGUAGACCAAUGAUGGACAAGAAGCAGAGCUCAUAGCUUCUUUUUGAAAAGUAGUAGAGACGAUCGCUUUCGUGACGUAACUAUCAGGUGGUCUUCAACGUGGCUGCCUUCUGCGCAUGCCCAAGCCGAGGGAACUCUAGACCGAACAUGGCCGUCCAGAUAUAUGUUGUCAACGGGAUACAAACCUGACAGGAAAGGGGUAAACCAACACAGACCGCACUGGUCUAACAGACUUUAUUUUAGAAUACGUACUGGUAUAUAACAUGCUUUAUUCUAUGAUAAUGACUACAUAAUUUGAUGACAACUUCUUGGCUUUGUUUGAAAUACUUUACCUUUUCCGUUUUGGCUCCAAACGACAACGAAGUUCACUAUACAAGAACGUGAAAUGUCACAGAAUACGUUUGGUUUGGUUUGGUUUGGUUCAAGUUAGAAGACAUAUAGCUGGGUUAAAAAGGCGUCGGUGACGCCACGAAAGUGUAAGGGUCUAUCCCGGAAUUCGACAUGCACAAAUGUGUAAAAUAGAUAUAUUUAUUUUUUGAGACUUGCGAACACAUUCUUGUUUGUUUGUUCGUUUCUCUGUUCGUUUGUUGUUCUUGUAAAUAAUUCGGUUGUUUUAAAGAGUACAUAUCGUCCCCAUGAAGAGGACAGAUAGAUGUUAUUGGUAUCGACGAGCAAUAAUUGUGACGUAGAAAUAAAAGCUUGGUGCCACAAGAAUAAGUUCUUUCCUUCGACUGAAAUCAGGUAUACAUAGCUGUUAGGUACGACCCGAGUGGUUGCCGGACACCGCCGAACGUUUCCGAAGAUUACCGAGUAUAUAUGAUUCGCGAGUAUAGACGAAACAGGUGCCUUAAUCUAUUCUAUUCAGGGGUACAGAACAUUUCUGAAAAAUCCCCAUACUCCAUUUCAUCCCUACUUCUGUUGAACACCCGAUUUUGAGAAAGAGAAAAGGCGUCCACUACUAUAAAAGAUGGUCUAUAUUAUUGUUGCUAUUUGCGCCAUUGUUGUAAACAUAUUUGAUGGAAUGUCGUCUUGAAUAAAAUCAAAACGUUGCAAGAAGAAA